AUGCAGUCGUCUUUGCCAGGAACAGUACCUCGAAUGAUGCGACCAGCGCCUGGACAAAACUAUCCCCGCACGGGCUUCCCUUUGGAAGGUAGGUGAUGCAUGCAAUUCACAAACAUCUAUCAUUGUCGAAAUUACUGUAUCAUUCCAAGCAACAUUUAUUACUAAUUUAAAGCACUUUGUUUAUUUAAAAAAAAAUGCAUUUGAUUUUGCCCUUUAUCCUCAAUCACAUUUGAAACAGCAAAAUGUUGGCUAUAAUUAGACAAAAUGAAAGGACAAGUUAGGCUAUUCAUUAUUUCAUACACCUUUGGCCCUCUCCGGAGAGACUUUGUAGACUACAAUAGGUUUUAUGAAAGUCAAACGUAUUUCGCAAUGGCCAUGUCUGGGUGCUCGAUUAUGUGAAUGUUUAUGUAAAUAGGCAAACGUGUGAAUAACAUUUACAGGCACAAAUUAUUUGCAUUGAUUAAUCGUCCAUGGGAGCGUCUCCCAGGCAAGGUUCGUGCUCAAGUAGCUCCAAUAAAAUCUCCGAGAACACGAAGCUUGCAAGUGAUCCUAGAUCCGGGAUUUGUUGAAGUGUCCUGGUGCUGGAAAUAAAAGUAAAAUACACAUCAAAACGACGAAUCAAAGGAUUACAUCAAUAUUUGUACAGCAUGACGGUGAAUAAUGAAACCGGACGAAGCCACACACUUCACAGCCUCUUCAAUGCCGGAUGGGACAUUCAAGUGCCAUCUGGCUAAUGACAAAUUCUGCCUUCAAAUCAAGCCUUUUUUCCAAAAAGAACUUGUCGAUUCUGUUGUAAAAUGCCUAUUUUUGUAAUUUGCAAUUUCAGUAGGCUACGGAUUCAUCCACUUCACGCAUUAUUGGAAAUGUGUCCAAUUAGUUUGAAUGUAGUAGUAACAGUGGAUUUAGGCCUUUAUGUUGACGUUUUUAUGGCUACAUUUCAUUUCUGAAUAAGAUAGCUUAUAGGCUACAUUCAUUUAUGUGUAUAUAUAGGCUACAUAAAUAUAGGCCUAGCCUACAUUGUGCAAUAGCCUUCCACUAGGUCGUAUAGCCUAAUAACAUUUAAAUUAGGCUACCACAUAUGCAUAUUAGCCUAUCAUAAAAUCUUCGAAUGCCACAAAAAUAUGCUAAAUAUUCAGACAUAAAGCCUAUAGGCCUAAAGAUCAAACAGUCAUCAUAAUUUGCACUGUAAAACAAUAUGCAUUCCGAAAAAUGUGUUAAUGCCAAUGUUGCAUUUGGUGUGGACACGAAAUGUUUUCACAGUAGGCCUUCUUUCUUCUGCACAGUGUCAACUCCCCUGGGUCAAGGUCGGGUGAACCAACUCGGUGGAGUGUUCAUCAACGGAAGACCACUGCCAAAUCAUAUCCGACACAAGAUUGUGGAGAUGGCCCACCACGGUAUCCGUCCCUGCGUGAUCUCUCGACAGCUACGAGUUUCCCACGGUUGCGUGUCCAAAAUUCUUUGUCGGUAUCAAGAAACAGGAUCGAUCCGACCCGGGGCAAUAGGAGGAAGCAAACCCAGAGUGAGUUUGAGAAAAGUUCACCUCACAAAACAACAACAACAACAGCCGUUAUUAUUACACGCUAAUAGCCUAAAAAUAUAAAAAUACAUGUAAUAUUAUUAUUAUUAUUAUGAUUAGCCUAUUCUUAUAGUUAUUCUUAUAGUUAUUAUUAUUAUUAUGAUGAUGACUGUUUACCGUUAUGGACCUGAGUUUUCACACCACCAAAUAUUCAAUCUGUAACGGGACAUCCAAGGCAUUUCUUGCGGAUAUUGUAUUCCAUGCCAUGCUUGUUGCGUACCUAUUUAUUAGCCUGCUAUCGAAAUUGACAAAAACUUUGAAAAGCAAUUUCGUAGCCUAUAAUUCCGGUGCUUUGAGACUUUGUAGUUUACUCAUUUAGAAACAAAAACGGAAUUAGUUCAUUCAGAUAUAAUUUUUCCAAUUCUGCAUUCAACCUGUACUGAAGUUUUUUUUCUCGUGCUCUUUCUCCUCUUCUUUACUCUUUUUGUAUUUUAUUUUCUAUUCUUCGUUUUCUAUUUUCUGCAUUGUUUCUGCUUCUCAUUUUCUUUCUCGCUUUCUUUCUUUCUCUCUCUGUUCUACUAUCGUGCUGCAUAAAUUAAACCCAAAAGCAGGUAGCAACGCCUGAUGUGGAGAAACGGAUUGAGGAGUACAAGCGCGAGAACCCCGGCAUGUUCAGCUGGGAGAUCCGAGACAAGCUGCUGAAGGACGGGGUGUGUGACAGAAGCACAGUUCCUUCAGGUGAGGCCUCAUCUGGUAAGCAACCCUUUUUACUAGUGAUGUUUGCUCAUAUAUAUUUUGUUCUACUAAAUUAGUUCUCCAUAAUAGUGGUCGAUAUGAAACCAUCAAAAACAUUAUGUUGAUGAAAUAGUUAGAACUACCCCCAUAGUUUUAUGUCGGCCAAAAACAGUCAUAUAGUGUCACCUGGACUUAAUUGUAUUAGGUUAUUAUUUCGAUUUUAAAAAAUGUGGUUUAGCCUGUCUGUAAUGACUAUGCAAUUACCCUAGGCCUACCUUGUUUUUCUUAUUCUUGUAGUGAGUUCCAUUAGUCGUGUUCUGAGAGCUCGAUUUGGGAAGAAAGAUGAUGAAGAAGAUUGUGAUAAAAAAGAUGAAGAUGGAGAGAAGAAAACCAAACACAGCAUCGAUGGCAUUCUUGGCGAUAAA